GGCCGACGCUGGCGGGCGCGGGGAAAAUGGCGGCGGCGAACGGGACCGGAGGAAGCAGCGGGAUGGAGGUGGAUGCAGCAGUAGUCCCCAGUGUGAUGGCCUCCGGAGUGACUGGGAGUGUUUCAGUCGCUCUUCAUCCCCUUGUCAUUCUCAACAUCUCAGACCACUGGAUCCGCAUGCGCUCCCAGGAGGGGCGACCUGUGCAGGUGAUUGGGGCUCUGAUCGGGAAGCAGGAGGGCCGAAAUAUUGAAGUGAUGAACUCCUUUGAGCUGCUGUCCCACACCGUGGAAGAGAAGAUUAUCAUUGACAAGGAAUAUUAUUACACCAAGGAGGAGCAGUUUAAACAGGUAUUCAAGGAGCUGGAGUUUCUGGGUUGGUAUACCACAGGGGGGCCGCCUGACCCCUCCGACAUCCACGUCCAUAAGCAGGUGUGCGAGAUAAUUGAGAGCCCCCUCUUUCUUAAGUUGAACCCUAUGACCAAGCACACAGAUCUUCCUGUCAGCGUUUUUGAGUCUGUCAUUGAUAUAAUCAAUGGAGAGGCUACAAUGCUGUUUGCUGAGCUGACCUAUACUUUGGCCACAGAGGAAGCUGAACGCAUUGGUGUAGACCAUGUUGCCCGAAUGACAGCAACAGGCAGUGGAGAGAACUCCACUGUGGCUGAACACCUGAUAGCACAGCAUAGUGCCAUCAAGAUGCUGCACAGCCGCGUCAAGCUCAUCUUGGAGUAUGUCAAGGCCUCUGAAGCAGGAGAGGUCCCCUUCAAUCAUGAGAUCCUGCGGGAGGCCUAUGCUCUCUGUCACUGCCUCCCAGUGCUCAGCACAGACAAGUUCAAGACAGACUUUUAUGAUCAAUGCAAUGAUGUGGGACUCAUGGCUUACCUCGGCACGAUCACCAAAACUUGCAACACCAUGAACCAGUUUGUGAACAAGUUCAACGUUCUCUACGACCGACAAGGCAUCGGCAGGCGAAUGAGGGGGCUCUUCUUCUGAGGUUACUUGAAGGGAUCAUGCACAGGGGUCAGACAACUGCCCCAAAGGGGCCGGGCACUACACUCCCUUUAGAAACUGCUGUCAUUAAUAAAAGGAGCAGCCCCUAAGUACCCCUUC